AUGCCGCAGCUGGGGCGGCCGAAGUUCGAUCGAGUGAGUGCUCCGGAAGUGGAGCAUGGACUGGUCAGACCCAUUCGAUAUGUGGAAAACCGAGGAUCUGCACAAAGAGUUGCAGAUGCUUUUCGGGAUGGAAAAGCGGUGAUCCUGGAACAGGAAUUUGAUCCGAAGCCCUGGAAGAGUCAGAUGUUUUCGGCCAUGACGGAUGCGACCAGCUUUUUGGUGGCAGCCAGAUACUACAUGAAGCUGGAUCCACAGACCAAGAAGGAGUUCUUUCGACCGAGCGCCUGUGGACUGGAACCAGAGCUGGUGGAGCUGCCCGGCAAAGAGUGCGUGCACCUGUCCAAAGCGAUGGUGGAGCGGCAGGAGGAGUGCGCCGCCCGGGCGGCCUUCCGCGGCUUCGAUCGCCUGGCGCGGGGGCUGCUGCUGACGCUGCAGGCGGCCGAGCCCAGCUUCCAACCCGACGUCUACGGUGACGAUCAGGGCCACUUCACAGCGGGUGCUGGUGUGUACAGGGACAAGCUGAAACCUCUGCUUGACAGCACUGAUGCCGGUCACCUUUUAAGCAUAUUUUCCUACACCGGAGAAGGCGCUUGUAUCGAGCAUGUGGAUCGAGGAUUCAUUACCUUGGUGACGAAUACUGACGGUGCCCUACAGGUCCAAGAUGCCCAAAGCAGGUGGCUGGAUGUGCCGCAGACCAAUGGCUUGGUAGCCUUCGCGGGAAAGACCUUGGAGUUCUUGACUCAAGGAAAGUACCGUGCGGUGCCGCAUCGCAUCGCGCCGCGCAAAGCCACCGGCCGGGUGAGCCUGGCUUUCAAGCUGAGAGCUCCUCUGGCAGCGGAGCUGGUGCUGCAAAAUGGAGAUGUGACCACGGUGGGCCAGCUCUUCGAGAACCACGUGGACGCCGUGGGUCUCUCCAUCAAUCAGCCGUCCAGAACUGCUGCCGUAGGCUCCUCGCUGGCCCCCCACGGGCAGCGCGGGCCCCACGGGGGCUAUGGCGAGGCGGAGGCGGAGGCCGCGCAUGGUGCCAAGUUGGCCAGCUCUGCGGGUGCCGUCACGGUGAUGCCCUUGUUCCAGUCCUGUGAGCUUCCAGCCUUCCUCGCCUGCAGGGCCGUGUGCCGAGAAUGGCUUGGUUAUUCAGACAUGAGCCAGUGCUGGGUUCGAUUCUGCAUUCAGAGGGGCAUCCCUUGGUUGCACAGACAGCUGGAUUGGCCUGGAUAUUUCAGUGACUGGCAGAAGAAGCUCUACAUCUGGAGGCAUCAGCCGAAGAUCAGGGCGGUUCCGAUUCAGAGCCCCUUUGCCAUGUAUUCCACCGUCCAGCCUCGACCCCCGGUGUGCAGAAGCCAGCGCUUGUCUGCGGCGAUACGACAAUGGGGGAUGGCUGGCCACUGUGAGAUCAAGUUCUACCGGCCAGAUGACGGGCGAAAAACUGUAGAUCUGGAGUGCCUUGGUGUUUGGGAUGGGGUGCUGUUGCGACAGAGCCAUCUUCAAGAGAACAUCGAUGAGGUGGAGUUCAGUCGCCAUGGAGGGACCACCUGGGAUCCUUUCCUAGGAGAGAUGAAUCUCAGCGACCACAUCUUGUUUCAUAUCGUCAUGAGAGGUGAUUAA